GAAGGUACGGUUCAAACAUCAUCGUGCUCCCUCAACCAGCCGUGACAAGUCGUUGAUUGUUCUGGUCCAAGAAGAGUUAGCAAACAAUGUUCCGACAAAUUGCUAUUGUUCUGAUGAGUGUGGCUGUUGCUAUUGCAGCACCAUCCGGUCUUUGGGGAGGUGUGGCACUUGGUGGGCCUGUUUUGGGACCAUCUGGUAUUGCUGGACCUGUCAUCGGACCUCAUGCACUGUCUGGACCAGCUGCUGGACCCGCUAGAAUCUCGGGGGCUGUUGAUGGAGGGGCUGUUGUCACUGGAUCUGUUGCUGGACCUUCUGUUGUUUCCGGAAGUGUUGUUGGUGGCACUGCUGUCUCUGAACCAGGAUAUGGAUGGGGUGGUCUCGGUGCUGGAUGGGCUGGAGCCGCUGGAUGGGCUGGACAUGGUGUCGCCCUCGCUGGACCCUACGCUGGCCCCGCUGCCAUCGCUGGCCCCGCAGCUCUUCCGGCUGUCGUUCGUGGACCAGCAGGAAGCAUUGUCGCUGGUGGCCCUGCCUGGGGAGGCCACUGGUCACUAAAUAAACAAGCAGUCGCAACUGAUCAGAAGAUGAAAUUCUUGAUUGUUGUCGCCAUUGUUGCUGGGGCUGGUAAUGCAGCGCCAAGUGGAUGGUUGGGUCACGGAUGGGCGUUAGGUGGGCCCCAUGCAGGCCCAUCAUCGCUGGCCGGCCCCCACGCAGGUCCUGUUGCCCUUGCUGGGCCCGCAUCGGGCCCUGCCCUUAUUUCUGGCGCCGUUGCUGGACCCGCCCUUAUUACUGGGGCCGUAGCUGGGCCUGCUGCUGUUAUUGGUUCUUCCGCCGGACCCACCCAUAUCACCGGUUCCGCAUGGGAUGCUGGGUACGGAUGGGGUGGUCACGGCGCAUGGGCCCAUGACGGUUGGGCUCACCCUUCAGCUCACUGGGCUGGCCCAGUAGUGGUGGCUGGUCCCGAUGGUUCUUCAAUCUCCGCUCAAGGUGCCGGACUCGGCGCCGUCGUCGCUGGGCCUCACGCCGGACAUUGGGGUCAUUCAAGCCAUUGGUAACGGACCACUGUCAAUGCACGAACCCCAAUAGGUCCCUUCCAAUAAAUUUCCUAUGAAGGAUGUGUUGAAUUGUAAAAACUGAUGGGUUGAAUUUAGAUAAAUAAAUAAUUCCUCGAA